GAAUCUCCUUGGAGGAAAUGUAGACUCAAGCGUAGUACACACGGUUCAGUAGGCAACAAACACAAUUGAAUCAUCCCAACAUCAACUAGUUCUCAACACUUCAUUUUAUCACUUCAACAUGAAGGUCUCCAGCAUUGACUGCCGGCGCCUCAGGAAAAUUCUACGUAAGGAGUGUGGUGGAAGUUGUCUCAUUGUGGACUGUAGACCGUACUUCUCUUUCUCGAGCUCGAGCAUCAGAGGCUCGGUCAAUGUGAACUUAAAUUCGGUGGUGGUACGGAGGUCCCGUGGCGGUCCCGUACCGCUUCAGUUCGUCAUUCCGGACGAGAAGGCUCUGUUUCGGCUUCGGGAGGGCAGCAUCUCCGCUGUCGUGGCUCUGGAUGACCGAACACCUCAUUUACAAAAACUGAAAAAGGACAGUAUUGCUCAGAUUGUAAUAAAUACGUUAUCGCACUUGGCGAGUAGCGCGAGCAUCUGCUUCUUGAAAGGAGGCUUCGAGAACUUCCAUUCCCAAUACCCUGAGCUUUGCACUGAAAUGAAGUCUGUGGACCUGAGUGAACCCGAAAGUGAAAGAGGUGUCAACAGUCACUGUGACAAACUGGGUUCUCGCCACAAACCAGACUAUGAUCAGGGACGGCCAGUGGAGAUCUUGCCUUUCUUGUACCUGGGCAGUGCCUAUCACGCCUGCAGGCAGGACUAUCUCAAUGACCUCCACAUAACAGCACUGCUGAAUGUUUCACGCAGGGACUCACGGCCCGCUAAAGGACAGUACGAUUACAAAUGGAUCCCUGUGGAAGACAGCCAUACCGCAGACAUCAGCUCACACUUCCAAGAGGCCAUAGACUUUAUCGAAUGUGUGAAGGAGGAGGGCGGAAAAGUGCUGGUCCAUUGCGAGGCUGGAAUCUCUCGCUCUCCCACCAUCUGCAUGGCGUACAUCAUGAAAACCCAACAGCUGCAGUUAGAGCAAGCCUUUGACAUUAUCCGACAGCGGCGUGCAAUCAUUUCGCCCAAUUUUAGCUUCAUGGGUCAACUACUCCAGUUCGAAUCGGAGGUCAUUUCUUCCACGCCUCCUUCUGCCACUCCACCAGAAGCCUCUGCCGUCCAGGACACACCCACUUUCUUUAACAGAGACUUCACAAUUGAAAGUGAGACUUUUGAAUCUUCGGUUUUCACAUUCCCUACCUCCUUCCUAACACCAAUGCCCAUCCAAACAUCGGUUCACCGGUUCAAACUGAGUCCAAUAACUGCGCUGCCUUGAAAUGGUUGCCAGACUCAUCACAGUCUCUGAGUACUUGAAUUAUAAAAGGACAGGCAACAGAACAAAGCACUGGAAUAUUUCACAGGGAACAAAAUGCUUAGGUUUAAAAAAAUUCAAAUGACCGACCAGUCAUGAGAGACAGUGUUUUCUUGUUGAUUUUGUUUGCCUUAGAGAAUAUCAUUGCACAACGAUUACACUGCAAUACCUGCCUUAGCUUGAUAAUGUACUGCCUAUCAACAGCGCAUAGCUGGGCAAAUUAAAUUAUAAUUUUUUUUUAACAGUUUCUUUUUUUUAUGAAUUGUGAAUCUGUUAAUAAAUGUUUUUAC